AAGUAUGGGAACGCUGUGUAACUUCCACUGACAUCAGCAGAAACCGGCACAGCGAGCAGACACACAGUUCACCGAGACACACCGAAACAAAGCGAAAAUGGAGUGGACCCCAAUGGAAAUCAACCCCGAGAUGCUGAACAAGAUGAUGAGCAAGCUAGGCGUGGGUGAGAACUGGCGAUUUGUUGACGUGCUGGGGCUGGAGAGUGAGCAACUGUCCGCCGUCCCAAAGCCAUGCUGUGCCCUGAUGCUGCUCUUCCCACUGACACAACAGCAUGAGUCUUUCAGGAAGCAGCAGGCCGACAAGGUUGCAGAUAGCUCUGAGGUUUAUUUCCUGAAGCAGACGGCAGUUAAUUCCUGUGGCACCAUCGCCCUGCUGCAUGCUGUGGCCAAUAACAAGAGCAAGCUGACAUUUGAAAGUGACUCUGCCCUGAAGAAGUUUCUAGAUGAGACUGCAAACAUGUCUGCUGAUGACCGUGCCAAACAUCUGGAGAAGAACCAGGCAAUCUAUGAGGCUCACAAUGAGGUUGCCGUGCAGGGCCAGUGCAGGCCGGAAGCUGACAAAGUCAACUUCCACUUUAUUGCCUUUGUCAAUGCAAAUGGACAACUUCAUGAAUUUGAUGGAAGAAUGAAUGGACCAGUGAAGCAUGGAGAUACCAAAGAUGGGUCAUUUAUUACGGAUGCGUCUAAGGUGUGCCGUGGAUUCAUGGAGAGAGAGCAAGGCGAGGUCCGUUUCUCUGCGGUUGCUCUGUGUCAGAGUUAAAUGUUCGGUAGGACACAACCAAAAUGUCCUGACGCAUUCACAUGGCCACAUUCAGCCGGCACCCAGAACAACCUGUGAACACACACAUCUGCAGACACCAUGCACUGUAAAGCACACAUUGUUGCCACAUAAAGUACUUUCAUCUCAUGAACAAAGCAUUAUUUAGCACAUGUACACAUACACACAAGGACACCAUCUAACCCUUUUGUUCUGAUGAAACUAACUGAUACAAGCUAGCUAAACCUUUUUAUGUGAUAUCAUUCAGCAAUGGGAAUUGUAAAACAUGAGGUUAGACCUCACCUCACAACUGCUUCUGUGUCUUGUAUGUAUUCAUUGGUGCAUCUUUGUCAAACUCUCAACACUGAUGCUUACAUAAAUACCUUUUGUGCCAAUAACUAGAAUAAAGACGAGUGGGAAGGAAAAGGCAGAAAACAUUGCCUGUUUUUCUGAAAGCAUUUAGUUCAGUUUAAAAGGAUCUGACAUUCCUCAGAACAGCCCAAAUGUAUCCGUAGGAAUAAUUUAACCAUUGUUAGGAGAAUGCAUGCAACCCUGGCUUUGAGUGGCAUUUGUUCUUGGGUGAUACUUCUCUGUAAAUUGAGAAUUUAAACUUCAAAUUGGUAGUGGUGGACACCAGUUGUUAACCUAUGUUUUCAGAAAUGAUUACAAGAGAAUGUUGUUUGCACUUAUUUUGAAAUGGAUUUUCUCUUAAUGUAAAAAUAAGUGUACAAGUUUGACACAUACAAUUCAAAACACUAUAGGGACCAUCGAAAUAAAGCGUUCUAUAUUGGGGUGUUGUCGAGCUAGGCUGUGCUACAAUUGUUUAACUUCCUGCACUGUUUUAAUACUAUGUUGCUGUAGUUCUGUUGGUGAUGCAGCUGUGGGAAUUCAUUAAAGCAACCAUUAGACUUAAA